AUGCAUCUGAGAUUAGACGUAGAUGUUCAGAGGUCAGAGGCUGAGAAGUUGAGAAAAGAGAAAAGUAAGGAAAUUCGAGAGGAAAAGACCGAAGCUGACCGAUGGGAAAGAAAAUUUCGAAAGGCUCAGGCACGAAAUGAGGAUUUAGAGAAGAGUCUGUCAGAAAGCAGAAAUGAAAGAGGUGAAUUAAAGGCUGGAGUGACAGAACGCGAGAAGUCUCUUCAUCAGUACCGAAGUCGUAAUACUGCAAUGGAGAUGAGAGCAAGCUUGAGUAAGGUAAAAGAAAUGAAAGGAAAAGUAGAAGAAUUAGAAGCGUCAUUACAAAGCUGUGAGAUGCAGAUUCAGUUUUUUAAAGCAAAUGAGGAGCGUUGGAAGGAACAACUUCACCAUGCGCAAGACCAAGUCAGAAACAAGGAUUACAUUAUGGGAGAAGCUGUAACCCAGAUUCGGGAGGUAGCCAAUUACUUGCAAGCUUUAGCGGUACAAGCGGACAUACUGAGUGUAAAGUACGAGUUGGAGUCAGAUCGGGGGCAGGAGCUAGCCUCGUUCCUUAGGAAAAUUAAGACUCUGAGAAUUAGGGCGAAGUCUUAUUUGUAA